CAGCGAAGCCAGCAGCAGCUCACUCCGCGCCGCUGUCGUGAGGGAACCCCGCACUGAUGAGGGCUCCUGUCUCACAUUACUCCUGAUUAUCGUGACACAUCCAGCGACGCGUUGCCCCGCACACCGCCGGGAUUUCACCGUCGCUCUGUGGGUCUUUCUUUCGGGAGGACGUGUGUUUGUCUUUCCUCCGGGAGGCUGAAUGGAAGCAGCAGCCGAGGGAGCGGUCGGGCUGUCGGAGGCCAGGGAGAGGAGCCCACUAUCCGGGGCCGCAGCAUCCGAUGAUGGGGAGACGGUUGUGGGAGUUAGCUACGGGAUGGACGCUGCAGACAUGGAUGCGGCUGCCAAGAAAGCCUUCAUCACAGAGAUGCCCUCAUCUUCCAGCCAGCCUGGUCAAGGAAAGAAGAUUGGCCACAGAGGGGUGGAUGCAUCAGGAGAAACUACAUACAAAAAGACAACAUCAUCCGCCUUGAAAGGUGCCAUCCAGCUGGGAAUCGGUUACACGGUCGGCAACUUGAGCUCCAAGCCAGAGAGAGAUGUUCUGAUGCAGGAUUUCUACGUGGUGGAAAGCAUCUUUUUCCCCAGUGAAGGGAGCAACCUCACUCCAGCCCAUCAUUUCCCAGACUUCCGCUUUAAGACAUAUGCUCCUGUGGCCUUCCGCUACUUCAGAGAACUGUUCGGCAUCAGGCCGGAUGAUUACCUGUACUCCCUCUGUAACGAGCCCCUGAUCGAGCUGUCUAACCCCGGAGCCAGUGGCUCGGUCUUCUACCUUACCAAGGAUGAUGAAUUCAUCAUCAAAACUGUUAUGCACAAGGAGGCCGAGUUCUUACAGAAGCUGCUGCCUGGAUACUACAUGAACUUGAAUCAGAACCCUCGUACGCUGCUGCCCAAGUUUUUCGGGCUCUACUGCGUCCAAUCUGGCGGGAAGAACAUCCGUGUCGUUGUCAUGAACAACGUCCUGCCCCGCGUGGUCCGCAUGCACCUCAAAUAUGACCUGAAGGGUUCCACCUACAAAAGACGAGCGUCCAAAAAGGAGAGGGAGAAGGCCAGACCCACGUUCAAAGACCUGGACUUCAUGCAGGACAUGCCAGAUGGACUGAUGCUGGACCAGGACACCUACAACGCCAUGGUUAAAACUCUACAGAGAGACUGUCUGGUCUUGGAAAGCUUUAAGAUUAUGGACUACAGCCUGCUGCUCGGGGUCCACAACAUUGACCAAGCAGAGAGGGAGAGGCAGACGGAGGGGUCUCAGGGGGAAAACGACGAGAAGAGGCCUGUGGCCCAGCAGAAGGCCCUUUACUCCACUGCCAUGGAGUCCAUCCAGGGGGGAGCGGCCUGCGGGGGGUCAAUCGACACUGACGACACGAUGGGUGGCAUUCCAGCUGUGAAUGGAAAAGGGGAACGGCUUCUUCUCUACAUUGGAAUCAUCGAUAUCUUACAAUCCUACAGGCUAAUCAAGAAACUGGAGCACACGUGGAAGGCUUUGGUUCACGAUGGGGACACCGUAUCGGUCCACCGACCAGGUUUCUAUGCCGACAGGUUCUUCAAGUUCAUGAGCAGCACAGUGUUCAAGAAGAGCUCAUCUCUGAAGUCCUCUCCAUCCAAGAAGGGCCGCGUCUCGUUGACGGUGCCUAAAGGCAGCGGGCCCGGCGCUGCCUGGUCCGCCAGCCAGCUGGCCUCUGAGAGAGACGAGAACAUCUACGACCUGAGAGGAGCACGCAGCUUCCCGACGUUGGAGGAUGAAGGUCGACAGGAUCUUCUUCCGUGCACUCCGCCAUCGUUUGAGGAGGCCACCACAGCGUCUAUCGCCACCACGCUUUCAUCCACAACAUCUUUGUCCAUCCCUGAAAGAUCUCCGUCCGACACGGCAGAACAUCCACGCUACAGGAGGCACACCCAGUCCCUGAGCCAUGAUGGAAGGACCCAGGAGGAGCUGCGUGUGCGCGAGGAGGACCAGCAGACCAUCACGGUGGAGGUGGAGCUGAAGAGACACGACAGUGAGCCCACCAUCUCUGUGCCGCAGCCCUCACCUGAAACCAGUGAGCCUCAGGCAGAAGAGGCUGCAGAGCCCCCCAGCUCUGCGCCAGCUCCUGAGGCAGCCCCCUCCUCCGCCCCAGCUGAUGCUUCCUCAUCGCCAGGCCUGGCUGAGGACGCCCCCUCCAGACCCGAGGUGGUGGUGGUGGAGCCCGACUGUGCCAGCCAGGUGUCCGGCUCAGGCUGCACCAGCCAGGCUUCGGUCGACGACGAAGACGACGUGCCAGCCUCAGAUAUCUGCUUCCCUCCAGAGGACAGGACCUGGGUGUACUCUCCGCUACACUAUGGCUCAGAGUCUAAGGCCCUGCCAGAUGGGGAUUGGGAAAGAGAGACAUAAACCCUGUUUUCCUGGCGGAGACGGAGAGAGAGAGAGAGGGAGGAGUGAACGACUCAUCAGUCUGAAGUCCAGACCCCAACAGCAGAAGCAGGAUCUCUGAGUGCUGCAGGAUUGUAAAAACAUACUGAGAGAAAAAAGGUGAAAUGAACACCUAAGGAGUGGGGG